AGGGAGUCCACGAGAGCCAAGAACUGAGUGCUUGCUCCGCGCGCUCCAUAAGCUAGCUUUUGCCUCUUGCCAUGGCGAAGCUGGCCGCGCAACUGAAGAACAAGUUCAUCGGCCUCGUCGGCCGUUUCGCCGUCUGCGGCCGCGCCGGUCACAAGGACGCAGUCGCUGCUGGUGAGCCCAAGGCAGCGUCAUCUCAGCAUGUUGAGAUCAGGUCAAGAGGAGGUACACCACGCACGGCGGAUGGGUCCAAGCCUCCUAGCCACUAAGCGUCGUUAAAAUCAACUGCUCGGCCGAUGGACCUUGGGGUUACUUGGAUCAUACUAGUAAUUCACGAAUCAAGCACCAAGCACUGCAGUCUCCAGAUUGAAGCUCCCUAUAUUUCCUGCAUUUCUUCCUUAGUAGAUAAGCAGUACGUCACGUAAAAUCGGUUGCCGGUUUGCUCUUGUUGCCUUUAUUUCUGUCCGUACGUGAUCUACCUCCGUGCGUGCUCAUAUAUAUGCUCCCUAAUUUCCAUAGGUUGCUAGCAUGCUCAUAUGAGGUAAUUUCCAUAUAUUGUUCGUUACCUCGAUGUCCGGAGUUUACCGUGUUUAUGUUGUACCGAACCUGUACCCGCUUGAUGAUGAUGUUCUCGUGUAAUGAUUGUAUUAAUCAGUGGCGUAGCCAGGAUUUUAAAAUCAA